AAACGGGCUCAAAACCUUACUGGGCCUAGAACAGGACAGAUUGUUGGUCUGGGCUGGGCUGGAUCCGCACCACGUAGAAAGACCGACUCGCUCGCUUCCCCCUUCCCCCACCGCAUAAUCACCACCUCCCCGGCGCUCGCCGCUGCCAUCCGUCGCCGCGCGUCUUUCCGCCGCUCGCCGCCGCGCUUCGCGCCCAAACAGCGCACCCUGCUGUUGUGUCAUACUUUCCGUUCCACAGCCACCUGCGCUCUAAGUGGUGGGUGUCCCGCUAUACUCGCCGCUUGUCGGAACCGAGGGUUCGAUCGGCUGUGGUGACUGUGAAGGAGGAGGAGCGCAAAGAUGGCUGAUUUCCGGACCUCCACCCAACGGGAGAGGUGGAUCUUCCAGCCGCACGAUCUGAUGGAGAGGUGGGCGGCGGCAAACCAGCGGGCUGUUCAGACCCUUGCGCAGUAUGGGACGACGCGGCUUAGUGUGGACCUGCUUGAUGGCUCGGUCUCCUACCCAGAGCCCGCACCGGAUCAUGUUGAGGGUAGUUCGGGUAUAAAACCUCUGUCUUACGAAGAGGAGCAAUUGACACGGGUAUUUUACGAGCAGAAAAUUCAGGAAGUAUGUGCUGCAUUCAAGUUCCCUCACAAAAUCCAGGCUACAGCAAUAAUAUAUUUCAAGAGAUUCUAUUUACAAUGGUCUGUAAUGGAGCAUCACCCAAAGCAUAUCAUGUUAACAUGUGUAUAUGCUUCUUGCAAAGUGGAAGAAAACCAUGUUUCUGCUGAGGAACUUGGUAAAGGAAUUCAGCAGGACCACCAGAUCAUUCUAAAUAAUGAGAUGAUUCUUCUUAAAACUUUAGAUUUUGACCUCAUUGUUUAUGCUCCAUAUCGAUCGAUUGAAGGAUUUAUUGAUGACCUAGAGGAUUUUUGCAGGGUAGGUAAUGGUCCAUUCCAGCGUUUGAAGGAGUUGCGCCAAGCUGCUGUAUCCCAUGUUGACAAAAUGAUGUUGACUGAUGCACCUCUUCUCUAUACUCCUGGGCAGUUGGCACUGGCUGCCCUUCACAAGUCCAAUGAUCUUCUCAGGGUCGUCAAUUUUGAAAGAUACUUGGAAACUAUUUUCUCAAGGCAACAUUCUGAUUGUCCAGUCGAACAGUUUGUUCAGUCAAUCAACACAAUCAAUUACUUGGUUGACCAGCUUAAUAUACCUACCGUUAAGGACCUGAGGCACGUUGACCGCAAGCUGAAACAUUGUUGGGAUCCAAGCUCACAUGAUGAGCAUAAGAAGAAAGAAAAGAAGUCAAAGCACAAAUCAAAAAGAACAUCUACUGAUGCCCAACUCAACAGCUAGAAAGCAUAUCGUCGAGCAUUGGCUUUGUAAGAAUGUGGUGCCGAGGCAGUUAUACCUGAGCUCAAGCAAUUUUGUGAAAGAAGGUAUGCGGUUCCUGCCAGUAAUUGUGCCUUUGGUAACUUAUUCAUUGCCGCAAGGGGAGAGUUGCAGCAAGAUACAAACUAAGAGGUGUAACAUUGGAUGUCUAUCUCCGAAACACGGAGAACUGCAAAUUUUAUAUGGCCGACUUUGUGUCAGCCACAAUUACUUGAGUUUCUUCGUUGCGGCUGCAGUUUAAACGCCGGAUCCAAGAUGAUCUGCCUGUUGUUGUGAAACAUUUUUUUAACUGACCAGUGAUUUUGAAUCUGAAUCGUGUAUAUGUAUAGGGCUUAUCAUUGAACCAAAGACCUUGAAUGAAAAAAAAAACUAUGUUGUUUC